UGUAUAAAUUCGUCAGAUUAGUAGUCUUCGCAAGUAUUAAGUUCAAACUAUAUAAAUUAUUUCAAAUCGAUGUUUUGUACUCAGUAUUUAACUUUUUCAGUUGCGAUGUAAGCUGCACUUAUAUCACUUAAAAAUUAUGAUGAAAAUUCAUUCGCUUUCCAACACUUGUUUCUUACAGUCGGUAACUUGCUGCAAAUCAAUUUCAUAAUACGACUGUGUGUUCAGCAUUGCAUUUUCAACAAAUUAAAAUCAAGAUGGUUCUUUCUGAUGGAGCUAAGGAGCGUCUCGGCGUUGUUGUCGAUAUUAUUCAAACCACAUUCCACUGGGGAUUCGUCCCAAUGGUCCUUUAUUUAGGAUUUUCGAAGGGCGCCGAGCCUGGAAUGCCACCUUUGUCGCUUUUAAGCCUUUUGUGGCAAUAAUUAUUUCAUAAUUCAUGUAAAUUGAGCAACGACAGCGUUCUUUUGGGUAAAUUGACAACAUGUUCUCGUUGAUUGGUUGGCACUUUCAAAGUUAUAGUACCUGUAAGAAACGCUGGCGGAAAUAAAUUUCUGUUGAACACUUUUAACAAAUGAUAUACACAUAUAUAUAGUGUAUAUUUAAAUAAAUUUAACCAGACCCA